AUGGCUGACAAGAGAAAAUUCGCCGAGCUCAAUCGGCCGGCAACGCUCCUAGUAACGCCCCCAGAGACAUACAUCAGCCUCAAUCGUGACGAGUUCAAGGCUUUGGAGGCGCGUUUCGAAGCCGAAGGGGACUAUCGCUGGCUAAAGUACGACUACUUCCCUCAGCUCGCCAAGUUCGUCUUGCGAAUGCCGGGCACUGUCCACGAAGCCGUCAUCGGAGCAUUCGAACGCCUAGUUAUACGGCAACUACAUAUUAUCGAGCAGAGUAACGACCGAGUCGCUGCCGAUUUCACUCGGGACGAAAGUGAGGCUUUCGAGCAGACACUGAAGCGGAGGCGGGGGUCAGAUGAGGUUCUGGAGGGUAGAAGUAGGCAAAGGAUGGUCAAGCAGAAGUUAGUCCGCCCGUCGCAAGAGAAACUCGAAUCCUCAGACGAAAAACGAUUCGAGGCAAUGGAGGAAGAGGCUGAGAAGCAGCUCAGCGGCCAGGAGCAAGACUAUAUCCUAGAGUUGGAUUAA